UUUGUACUGCUGUUCGCUACUCGGUGUCUCGGACUACCUUAAAACUCUGACGCCAGGUCGCCAUGGAAACUGUUUUACGCGCUUGGCUCAGAGAGAGGACAACGUGCUAUAUUUAAGAGUUUUUGAACCAAACCAUCAGCUGGAAUAGCGAUCACGCUCCCGUACCAUUCAUCCGCUGAUGAAGCCUACAAGAAAGAGAGAGAGUCAUUGACAUCAUCUGUGUCGCAUUAAUAUCUGGACAUCAGCAUUGACAUCAUCGCUCAUCGCUGUUUGUGUGAACAUGGAGAUGAAAGAUGAAAGACGAUUUCACAAACUGACACAAGAGCAAGUGAAGAAUUUGGACCAAGUUCUCACAGAAGUCAUUCCCAUUCAUGGCAGGGGCAAUUUUCCAACAUUGGAAAUCAAACCCAAGGACAUCAUCCAUGUGGUCAGGGACAGACUAAUAUUGAAGAAUAUCAAGGUGAAAGAUGUCCGUCUUAAUGGUUCUACAGCCAGUCAUGUGCUGGUCAAAGAGAAUGGCACUAGCUAUAAAGAUUUAGAUAUCAUCUUUGGAGUGGAACUUCCCAAACAGGAGGACUUCCAGAUCAUUAAGGAAGUGGUUCUGGGCUGUUUGCUGGACUUCCUACCUAAAGGAGUCAACAAAGAUAAAAUCACAGCCCUAACUAUGAAAGAGGCAUACGUACAAAAAAUGGUUAAGGUGUUUAAUGAGCAUGACCGAUGGAGCCUUAUCUCUCUUUCAAACAACAGGGGGAAAAAUGUAGAGCUCAAGUUUGUCAACUCUCUACGACGACAGUUUGAAUUCAGUGUGGACUCUUUUCAGAUCAUCCUUGACACCAUGCUGCAGUCCUAUUUGGAGGCAGAGAAGAGGCUUGUCAAGCACAGGGAGGUGGAGCAGGAUUCUUCCUCUGUUCAUACAGGUAGAAUUCAGUCAAUACCAACAAAUGACCAAUCCCUUAACUCUGGUGAAAUGGGACAUAGCAAGGAAUGUGAUGUUGACAUGUCUUGUGAAACCAAUGACAUACACAGUUCUAAUGACUGUAACAGAUGCAGAAAUAUUAAUGGAAGUCAGAUAGAACAGUCUACAUUUUCAGAAGAAACAACUAUUAAAACAGUUGAAAAGGUUGUGCAAACAGAUAUGACUGAAACUACUGUGCCUGAGUCUAUGGAGCAAGAAUCAGAACUCUCUUUUGUGGUGCAUGUGAAGGACAAAAAUGAACUUGAAAAUCUGUCUCUUCUGACAGACAAACCAGUCGAGGCAAAUACAAAUGUAACAGUUGGUGACUCAGCAACUAAAAAAGAACUGAUUGUGCUGAAGAGUGAAGGAAUUAGUGGUAAAGAAAUUACAUUCCCAACUGAAACUCACUUUAGUACAACAGAUACUAACAAAGCAGAAUACAUGUUAGACAUGGGGUCAGUCAAUACCCAACAAUGGUUAGAAUUAGUACAUACAAACUUUUCCUGCCUUUCGACAAAGGGGACCAUUGGUGACGGGUGCUCAUUCCAACCUGCUCCAAUUACAGUUCUUACACAAACAGCAUUGGAGUCCUGUGCUGAAUAUCCUCUAGCACCCCCUGCUAAGAAAAACAGUGGAAGCUGGCAAAUGGUUGUUCUCAAGCAUUCCUCGCCAAAGCCUCCUCGGAAAAUGUCUAAAAAGGCACCUGUAUUGUGUUCACCUGAAAAAUCCCCAUCAGAUAAUUCAAAUGUUAAUACAUGUGAUGAUUUGCAUCCACCUAAUGCAUACCCAACAAAGUCAUUACCUAUGCAUGUGAAAUUGCCAGGUCUCACCACAAAAACCUUUGAAUUAUCCAGUGCCUCAGAAAAAGACCCAGAGUCUAAACAAUUAGUAUUUUCCACGGGACCUCUUCCAAAUGCUACUUCAGAUAACUUUGUGCAUUCAAAAGAGACAUUACCCAUUAGAAUAUCACCAGAGAUAAACCUUCAAUCUCGAGUGCAGAACUCAGAGCCAGAGACUGGGGAAGCUACCCAUGUCUCUGUUCUUACUCCUUUGUAUGAUCCAAAUAACCCUUCAAAAGAUCAAAACAGGAUGAAACAGCCUAACACUGAAAGGGUAGAUGCAGCACAUUGUGAGGCAAUGGCACCUCUCAUUCAUGUGAACUCUCAGCUAUUACUUCAGGCUGAUGAAAGUUAUCAUAUCAACUCAACCAGAAAAGAAAAUCCUGAAUUGUAUGCCCAAGGUGAUGACUCCAUAUCACCAAAUUAUUCAACUAAGCCCUCAGAACCUGUCCCUAGAGCAACAAAUUGUCUCUUCAAAUUGAGGAAUCCACUGUCUACAAAAGGUUCUAUUAAUUCAAAAAUGGUGGGAACCACGUCCUUGUGUUCCGAACAUGUGCCAUCACCCCAAAUCCAUGUAUACACUGUAUCCUCCUUACACAAUCAGGAACCUUUUGUACCAUGUCCACAGACUAAAGAACCUUCAGAAUUAAUAGCACAUGUGUUGGAACCACAUAACCCAUCAUCAAAGGUUCAAAGCAUCUCAGUAUCAUCACCACAUUUUACAAAACCUUUAGAAGCUUCCAUAUCCUCAACAGCAAGUCAAGAAUCUUCUAAAAUCUCAGAACCAGUUUUAGAACCAGCUAUAUGUCUAGAUGUCAUAGACCUCUCUAAGGUACCCCUUGAAGUAAACAUGUUAAAGACUUCAGAUGGCCAGGCAGAUCUUUCAUCUUUAGACACUGAAGAACCUCUUCUUUCUUCUAAAGCUCUACCUUGCAUCACAGUGAUGGCUGAGAGCAUGUAUGGUGACUUUGAGCAGGCCAUGGACCACCUGCGGUACAGGUUAAUAGCAACACGCAAUCCUGAAGAGAUCAGGGGUGGAGGCUUGCUUAAGUACAGCAAUCUGCUUGUCCGGGACUUCAAACCUGCCAGUGAGACUGAAAUUAAAACACUUGAGCGCUACAUGUGUUCACGAUUUUUCAUCGACUUUCCGGAUGUUAAUGAGCAGCAGCGCAAGAUUGAAUCAUAUUUGCGCAACCAUUUUAUCGGUGAGGAGAAGAGCAAAUAUGAUUACUUGAUGACACUUCGGAGAGUGGUCAACGAGAGCACUGUUUGUCUGAUGGGCCAUGAACGCCGUCAGACUCUCAAUAUGAUUACAAUUCUAGCACUCAAAGUCCUGGGUGAGCAAAAUAUUAUCCCCAAUGCCAAUAAUGUAACUUGCUACUACCAGCCUGCACCAUACAUGGCUGACCACAACUUUAGCAACUAUUACAUUGCAAAUGGCCAGUCCCAACUUUUGUUUCACCCUUACCCACUACACAUACACAUGCAAACUGGCUUAGUUUAGUUCUAGGUAUGUAUUUAUAUAUUGAAAGUCACCACAGGACACAUUUUGGAAUCUUGUAACUUAAAAUGUCCUCCCCAUGAAUUACACAUUGACACUGAGAGCCUCAUCCAACACUCAUCUGAGAAAAUUUCAGUGUAUAACAAUUAUGGAAUUAAAUGUUGAACAGUACUAGUAUUAAAUACAACUACAGUGAACGACAUCUGUUGAUUCUUGAUCUGUUGAUGGACUCAUCAUAUUUAAUAGUAUUAGUACUGUUGAAUUAUAAUAAGAACCACAUGUACAUGUAAACACACUGGUGCUGUUGUACCAAAGGGUAAUAUUACACACGUGUCAGAUGCUUCAAUAGAACAUUAGAAAAAUGAGGGUGGAUGUUUGAUAGAUGAAUGGUUAAAAAUCUGAGACAGAGAUAGAAAGAUAAUGAAAGAAAGAAUAUUCAAAAGAAAUAUGGCAGGGCCUCUUAUUAGUGGGUGCAUGCAGAAUAGGCCUGUGUUAAAAAGAAUUUUAAUCGGUUCGAUAAAGGAUGUGACUAUUUUCAGUGACUUCAUGCUCUUCUAAUGUAACAAAAACGUCUGAGAGAAAUUAUCAACCCAUGCAAUCAGCACGCUUUAUGUCACAGCAAGGACCUUUUGUUGCCUCAAUUGAUUAAACUAGCUUCCGUGUUACAUGUGAUCAGCUGAGAUCCAUUCAUUGUGUUUAUUUUACCGGUUGUGGUAUCUCGUUGUACAUCUAACUGUCUCUGUAUUUUUAUGUAACUAUAUAUGCUUAUUAAUGGAUUUGAAGUGGUGUAAUGAAUAUUUUACCAUCAUCAUCCUAAACAAAAUCCCAAGCCCAAUGUCUAUAUUUUGGUAAUUUGAGCAAAAAGUG